AUGGCGCGGUGGUUUUCAUUCUUUGCGGAAUACAACUUUACGGUCGAGUACAAACCAGGACGACUUAAUGUCGUCGCUGAUGCACUCUCACGUCGUCCAGACUUUGAAACAGUCGCGAAACCCAACAGUGAGACAGUCACUGUUGCAGUUAUGACGUCCGCAGUCUCAUCUUCAACGUUGCGUGAUGAUGUGAGGCGGGCAUACGCCCAAGAUGCCGUUUCUGGUGACACACCACGUGUUGUCAUUCCAGAUGAUACUGAUCUGCGUUUGCGGAUCAUGUUCGAGUAUCAAGAUGCUCCUCUAGGAGGACAUCGUGGCCGGGAGAAAACAUUUCUCACGGUGAGUCGAGACUUUUACUGGCCCCGCCAGUAUCAGUUUGUGCGAAAGUAUGUUCGCGCAUGCGAAAGUCUGUCAACGAGUGAAGUCAAGUCCUUCACUGCGUGCACCUUUACAGUCUACCGGUUACGGCUGAGUGCUGGGAAUCCAUCUCAAUGGAUUUUGUCUUCGGGUUACCCAAAGACGCACGCGGGAGUACGGGUAUUCUCGUAUUUGUUGACAGAUUCAGCAAAAUGGUACACCUAG